AAGGUGUACGUGGACCAGGCUACAGGGGAGACAUUGGUUUGGAUGAUUUCUCACUAAGUGAUCAGGGCUGUGUGACUUCUCCAUCAUCUGCUGAUCCAAUUAUAAAUGCUCCAUCUGUGUUCUGUGAAUUUGACCUUGGCAAUACAUGUUCAUGGAGCCCAAAGUACAGCAGAUAACUUUAACUGGACCCUGACUACUGAUGGACAUGGUCCAUCAACAGGACCCUCUGGGGAUCACUCUGACUCAGGAAAUGGUCACUAUCUAUAUACAGAAGGGACUGGCCACACACCCGGGAAUAAGGCUAUUCUGAACUCCCCACUGCUGCCACCGACAACACAAGGAGGGAACUGUUUUAUAUUUUACUAUCAUAUGUUUGGUCCAACUGUUGGUACUUUAAAGGUCUAUACUAUUCUGGGAGGCUCCCGUCAGCUCCGCGGUUCAUUUACUGGUACGCAUGGUAACCACUGGAAUCUGGCUCAGUACAACAUCCAGUCCCAUACCGACUAUCAGAUCCAGCUAGAGGUCACCACCAAGGGAACAUUUUCUGGAGACGUCUCCAUUGAUAGCAUCAACAUGGACAAUGUCAACUGUGCCAACUCCAGCCUCGCCCAUCACAGUACAGACAUUUCCUGUACAUUUGAGAGUGGCCUUUGUGGGUGGAGCCAGGACCAUGCAGACAAUUUCAAUUGGUUGAGUGGAAGAGGCUCAAACAGAACUGGAAUAACUACUGACCAUACAACUAACACUGCAUCAGGCCACUUCCUAUAUGCCGAUGCAUCUUCCCCGGCCAGGCAGGGUUGGAAGGCUCGCCUCAUCAGCCCACAGUUUCCGUCCUCCACUGGGGAGUGUCUGCGCUUCUACAUGUUCAUGACAGGGACACCACAUGCAACCCUUAGUGUGUACACCCGCUCUGCCUCAGGUACAGAGAUUUCAGUAUGGACGAGGACAGAUAAUGUUCAAGGAAAUACUUGGGUACCACAGGAGGUUACUCUGACAAGCCAAUCCAAGUUUCAAGUGAUAAUUGAAGCCUUACGUGGCUCCUCCUCCACUAGUGAUAUUGCAAUUGAUGACCUGACCAUCAGCCCUGGAACCUGCAGAAGGGCAGGUGCAUGCAACUUUGAGCAGGGCCUCUGUGGUUACACCAACUUGCAGGGUGAUCAGUUCGACUGGACACGUGGUCAGGGGAAUUCUCCAUCUGCCUACACUGGCCCUUCUGUAGACCACACUACAGGGACCACCAAUGGACACUACAUGUUCAUUGAGAGUAGCAGUCCCCAACGUCUUGGCGACAAAGCAUGGCUGGCCAGUGACCCAAUACAGCCCACAACAGGAUCAUGUCUCACAUUCUGGUACAACAUGAAUGGUGCAGGAAUUGGCACACUGAAUGUAUACUACAUGAACUCUACCAACAACAAAAUCUUCAGCAUGAGUGGUAACCAUGGUGAUGUGUGGAUGAAGGGAAAUGUGACCCUUGUAUCCACCCAGCCCUUCAAGAUAUUGUUUGAGGCAAUCCGAGGACAGAACUACAGAGGCGACAUUGCGCUUGAUGACAUUGAUGUAGCACCAGGUUAUUGUUCACUGCAGACUACAGCAUCACCUGUAACCACUCCACAACCUACACUAGCUACCCUGAUAGGUUGUAACUUUGAAUCUGGAUUCUGUAACUGGAAUCAAGAUCAUACAGACACUUUUGAUUGGACGAUGGACACAGCUGGCACUAACAGUGUAGGAACAGGGCCUAAGUUUGAUCAUACACUCCAAAACAGUAAUGGUCACUACAUCUACAUAGAGGCAUCAGGAAAGAGGGCUAACUCGACAGCACGACUGGUCAGUCCUCCGGUCAGCACCACUGGUAAACUCUGUGUACAAUUCUGGUACAAUAUGUAUGGCCAGCAUAUCAACAAACUCAAUCUCUACACAAAAUCCAACAACGUACUUAGUCCCGUUCUGUGGACCAAGGCUGGUAACCAGGGCAACAGAUGGAUUGAAGGACAAGUGGACAUUGUAUCCUCUUCUCCAGGAAACCAGGUUGUUUUUGAAGGGACAGCAGGUUUAGGUUACCAAGGAGAUAUAUCACUGGACGACAUUAAGAUCUUAAAUGGUGCCUGUCAGGGCUCAGCCUCAUGUGACUUUGAACAAAGCAGUAUUUGUGGAUACCAACAAGAUUUGAAUGACAACUUUGACUGGACAUGGGGCCAUGGAUCCACUGGGUCAAGAGGAACGGGCCCUACUAAUGACCACACAUACGCCACUACUGCAGGCCAUUACAUGUACACCGAGACCUCAGCACCACGUGUCCAGGGAGACAAAGCCAACCUACGCUCUCCGUCUUACCCAGCAUCCCAACAAAAGUGUCUCACAUUCUGGUACCACAUGUAUGGUCAGGAUAUUGGUACACUUAACAUCUACAUCAGUACCUACAACCAACUGGGCAAUUCAGUUUGGUCACUGUACGGUAACCAGGGUAAUACCUGGCACAAAGGCCAAGUGACUGUAUCGAGUCGGUCCAGUUUCCAGGUGGUGUUUUCUGGGAUACGUGGAAGUGGUUUCCAUGGAGACAUAGCUAUUGAUGACAUCAACAUGGGAGAUGGUGCUUGUGCUGGACAAGGAACUUGUGACUUCGAAAGAGACUUGUGUAGUUGGACUCAGCGCCAGGAUGACAGUUUUGAUUGGCUUAGACGAAAAGGACCCACGCCGUCUGUUGGUUACUACCUCUUCAUCGAAACCAGUCGUCCACGUAAGAUGGGAGACAAUGCAGUGAUCCAGUCACAACUGAUCCCCAACCAACCACAACUUUGCUUCAGUUUCUGGUACAACAUGCACGGACAGAGUGUAGGCAACCUUAACAUCUCCAUGCAGAUUAAGGGCAGCACUAAAAACCUGAAGAAGUCCAUCACAGGUGACCAAGGCACUGGAUGGAAACAGGGCCAGGUGGACAUGAGUGAUGCCUAUGAUGAUUUCAUGAUUUUGGUUGAAGCUGGAGUUGGAUCCGGUUAUCAAGGUGACAUAGCCAUUGAUGACUUAAGGCUUGACACUACUGCCUGUGGUAGUUCUAGUGUUAAUGGAACAUUUAACUGUACGGGAGGACAACACCCCAGUAAAGUGGUUCCUCUCAACAAGGUCUGCAAUUUCAUGGUAGACUGUCCGUAUGCCUCUGAUGAGACUAACUGUGGUGCCUGUAGCUUUGACCAGGAUUACUGUAGUUGGAUGCCGAAUCUACAGGGAGUGUUCACCUGGGUACGAGGAAACAAGAGAAGUAGUGACAACACAGGUCCUGCCUUUGAUCACACACAAGGCAAUCAAUAUGGUUACUAUGCAUAUGUAGAUGCAGCACUUGGAACCUCCAGGAGCAUAGCGACGCUGACAGGGCCACUUCUGCAGCCCUGCAGUUCCACUUGUCAGAUUCAGUUCUGGUACAGCAUGUAUGGGAGAGGCAUUGGCACACUUAGUGUGGUCAUAGUAGAAGGAGGCCAGAACACAACCAUCUGGACACAGAGAGGUAACCAAGGUGACCAGUGGAACAAGGCUACUGUGGACAUAGGUCGAGUGGGACGACCUUUCCAGCUGAUGUACACGGCAACACGUACCUUCAACAAUUUGGGAAACAUUGCCAUCGAUGAUUUGCAGCUAAUCAACUGUAACUUUCCAGCCAUCCAGAAAACAUGUUCUGCCAACCAGGCUAGAUGUACUCGUGGUUCCUGUGUUCCAAAGACUGACCUGUGUGACUUCUCCGAUGAUUGUGGCGAUUCCUCAGAUGAACAGUCAUGUUCUGCUUAUCCAGCACGUUGUGACUUUGAAACAAGUAUUUGUUCAUGGACACAAGAUAAGUCUGACAAUUUUGAUUGGACACGAGCAAACGACCACACAGCCUCCUAUGGUACAGGACCAUCACGUGACCACACCCGAGGAACGGCAGCAGGAUACUACAUGUACAUUGAAUCAUCACGGCCAAGGAAACCAGGUGACAAAGCAAGACUUCUCAGUCAAGCCUUUAAAGGAGUUGUAACAAGUACCACUGGGCAGAGUCAGGCGUGCACGCUUCGUUUGUACUACCAUAUGUUUGGGAGGACCAUUGGAGCUUUGAAUGUUUACACUCGUACCGCCGUGGGUGGACCCAUGAAAAUUAUCUGGCAGAAAGCUGGCAAUGUGGGAGACUUCUUUGAAAGAGUGGACAUCCCAAUAUUUGAAACAAAUCCAUUCCAGGUUGUGAUAGAAGGUGUGACAGGUCAAGGUUACCAAGGUGACAUUGCUGUCGAUGACCUGUCCAUGACCCCUGGUUGUAUACCAGCCACCACCCCACUUGUGACGGGUACACCUGGGCCAGUCACAACACCAGGACCCUGUGGUAAUGGCAGCUUCUCCUGUCCUGGGCGCUGUAUCAACCAGAACCAAGUUUGUGAUUUCAUCUCACAGUGUUCUGACAACUCUGAUGAGGCCAAUUGUGGCACAUGUACCUUCGAGACUAACCAGUGUGGCUGGAGUGAUGCCAGUUCUGGUCGCUACAACUGGCACAGAUUCCAAGGUGUCUCACCAGGCACAGGAGGACCACGAGGGGACCACACCACAAACUCACCUAAUGGCACAGGAGGACCACGAGGGGACCACACCACAAACUCACCUAAUGGUAAGUAUGUCUCACCAGGCACAGGAGGACCACGAGGGGACCACACCACAAACUCACCUAAUGGUUACUACAUGCUGGUAGAGGGUUCAUCGGGUACUUUCUACAGUCGAGCAAGGAUGAGUACCGUUGUUUUGGGCCCCACUGCACCCAGCUGUCAAGUCCAGUUCUUCUACCACAUGUAUGGUAUAGCAGCAGGUAACAUUCAGCUGAGUGUUGUCAACUCCAAAAGACCUACAGACUCGACGGUGAUCUGGUACAAGACCGGAAACCAAGGCAACGGAUGGAAGCAGGCUACUGCUGACAUUGGAUCGCUUCCUGCUGGCUACAAGGUACAAUUUGAUGCCCUGCCAUCCAAGUCAUUCCAAACUUCAGGAAUUCCCCAGUCAGACAUGGCGAUUGAUGAUGUUAAGUUUGUGGCCUGUAAUCCCACACAGAUUGUUAACAACUCUGUCUUUAAUCUCAACUGUUCCUUUGAAUCUGGACUGUGUGGCUAUUUCCAAGAAACAGCAGACGAUUUUGAUUGGACCCUUACUAAUCUGUCAUCUCCAACCGUGGGAACGGGCCCAGACAGAGAUCAUACAACAGGAACAGGGUUUUACAUCUAUAUUGAGACUUCAGCACCUCGCCAUGCUGGUCAGAGAGCACGGAUCACCUCAGGUAUUCAGAGGCCAACCCAAGCCCAGGGUGUAUGUCUGACUUUCUGGUACCACAUGUUUGGGGCCCAUGUUAAUACCCUAAACAUAUACCAGCAGCAUCCUCAGGUCGGCAACCUCUCCCUCAUCUGGUCACGAUCAAAAACACAAGGCAAUGUCUGGCGCAAGGGGCAGAGGACAAUCAUCAGCAACCAACCCUACCAGAUUGUGUUUGAAGGCUUAGUUGGAGUAAGCUGGCAAGGUGAUAUAGCAUUGGACGAUAUUUCCGUGGUCACUGGACCCUGUCCUGCUCCAGCUGUUUGUGACUUUGAAGCAGACUUCUGUGGAUGGACUCAAGAUAAAACUGAUGAUUAUGAUUGGACCAGAGAUAGGAAUGGAACCUCCUCAACAGGCACAGGUCCAGCCUACGACCAUACUACAGAGAGUCAAUAUGGUUACUACAUCUAUACGGAAGCUUCGUCACCACUGGUGAUGGGUAAUAAGGCUCGUCUUAUCAGCCCUAACUUCACACCCCUUGGAUCAUUUGAGUGUCUUCACUUCUGGUACCAUAUGUAUGGACAAAAUGUGGGCACUUUAAAUGUGUAUCUCCAGCCAAGUAGCGGUGCUGCAAAAUCUACCAUCUUCUCCAGGACUGGAAACCAAGUCAAUUUAUGGCUUUAUGCCACAGUCCAGUUGACUCAGACCAUCGACUAUCAGAUCAUUCUUGAAGGAGUUCGUGGUAAUGGUUACCAGGGUGACAUUGCUAUUGAUGACAUCAGGAUUACUGCUGGGAAGUGCAAGCCUGUGGGUACCUGUGAUUUUGAACUGGAUACGUGUGGAUAUGGAAACACACGUACAGGCGAUCAGUUUGACUGGCUGAGGUCAGCAGGCGGAACUCUCUCUCGUAACACCGGACCUUCUGUAGAUCAUACCACAAACUCUGACCAAGGUUUCUACAUGUUGGUGAGGGCUAAUGGACGUCAAGCCGGGGACCGAGCAUGGCUGUACAGCCAGUACUUCCCUGCCAGUCCCGCAUCCUGUCUCAGUUUCUGGUACCAUAUGUAUGGUAAAGAUAUUGGCAUCCUUCGUGUAUACCAACCCACAUCCACUGGAACCUUGCUAGUCUGGAAUGCCACCCACAACCAGGGCAAUGUUUGGCGACAGGCAAAAGUAGAUCUCAACAGCUCUGUUAGCUAUCAGGUGACAUUUGAUGGUGAAGUUGGGACAGGUUACCAAGGUGACAUGGCUCUCGAUGACAUUGUGCUAAAUCAAGGAAGAUGCAGUGAUCAGACUACAACAGUCCCUACCACUGCCGUCAUUAGCACUGUCACAUAUCCCCCAACUGCAUACGAUUGUAACUUUGACCAGAAUGAUCUCUGUACAUGGACCCAGGAUCAUUCCGACAUAUUUGACUGGACACUCCACCGGGGCCAUACAUCAUCAUUUGGUACCGGUCCUUCUGCUGAUCAUACCACAGGAAGUGCCAAUGGAUAUUAUGCUUACAUCGAGUCAUCAGGUCGUCAUACUAAUGACACUGCACGUUUGAUAAGCCAGAGUCUAGUGCUGAUGACAAGUGGGAAGUGCUUCAAGUUCUGGUACCAUAUGUUUGGAGCUGAUGUAUACAAACUCAAUGUAUAUGCUAAACAAGGUGGAAACAUGGGUAAUCCAGCAUGGACAAAGAUUGGCUAUCAGGGUAACUACUGGAAGUUUGCAUCCGUGUACCUAACACCGGAAACACUGGCUAGUCCAUCACAACAAUCACGUGUACAGGUUAUCAUUGAAGGAGUUGUAGGAAAUGGUUACCAAGGUGACAUUGCUAUUGAUGACAUCUCUGUCAAUGAUGGCCCCUGUCCUCCUUCUAGUUACUACAUGUACAUCGAGUCCUCUGCUCCCCGUGUGGCUGGAGACAAGGCUAGAUUGCUGAGUCCAUCUUAUCCUGCCACAACUGGUCAGUGUUUGACCUGGUACUACCACAUGUAUGGCAGUGGCACUGGCUCCCUGGCUGUCCGGCUCUUCUCACAGGGUCAGCUGAAACCUGCCAUAUGGACAAGAUCUCGUAACCAAGGAAACAUGUGGAGAGUAGCCCAGGCCACAAUCAAUAGUGACUCACCAUUCCAGACUAUGUUUUUACUUAUCCAGGUCGUGUUUGAGGCAAUUACAAGACAACAAACUGGAGACAUUGCCAUUGAUGAUAUUUCCAUUAGGAAUGGACCAUGUGCUGGUCCUGCUGAUUGUAACUUUGAAUCCAAUCUCUGUGCUUGGAGCAAUGUUGAGGGAUCUGGGGAUGAUUUUGAUUGGCUUAGAAACAAAGGUGACACAACAAGCACCCAGACAGGACCAUCUGUUGAUCAUACUCUUGGGACCAGAGAAGGUAUUACAGAGCUGAAUAUCACACCUGGGAUGGUAUGUGUACAUGGAGGCCUCAGCUCCCCAGAAGAAUGGCGACAAGACUCGACUCACUUCAGCCCUUCUUCGACCUACCAGAGCUGCCUGCUUUUCUUUCUGGUACUUGAUGCAUGGCUCACAGACACAGAUGGGGAAUUUGAAUGUCUACUUGGAUACGUCAUCAACACAUAA